ACACCCAUUAGUCUGUUUAUGCUUCAGCAGUCGACAGAGAAGAAGAAGAAGAACAAGAUGGCGGAACGAGGCUACAGUUUCUCACUCACCACAUUUAGGUAAACUUUGUUUAAUUUGUCGGAAAAACUAAGAUUGAAGACUCCGCUCUUGACUUAAAAAUUGUACUUUUUAUAGAAGCUUAUGAAAGUCCAUGCAAAUGUUCCGGUUUCAAAGGUUAUGCGGAUGAAUUGAGCGCUCCUCGCUGAUGCACUGUCAUCGCCUCCACUUCAAUGAAUCGGCUAACAGUUAGCAUGUCGGCUAUCAUGGUUUACAUGAGAGAUCGAAUCGUUUUAAAGCAUUUGAUAUUGAAAAUAAAGACAAAAUCAGGAAAACUCCUUUUGCUCGUGAGACUUAUUAUUGUUCAACUGAAACGAGUCCGGUCACCUGACAAAUAGCGGAGACAGGUUAGCAUAGCUCCCUUUAGCUCCGAUGAUUCAGAUGUUUUAGCUUUUACUUUCGGUUUCACCGUAAUCAUCUUUUAAAUGCGUGUCUUUUCAUUGUAAACUGCGAAGUGAAGCCGAUUUUGCUGACAGCUUGUGUUUCCUCCUGCAGCCCCUCGGGUAAACUGGUCCAGAUUGAGUACGCUUUGGCAGCUGUGGCAGCAGGAGCUCCAUCAGUCGGUAUCAAAGGUACGAGUCCUGAACAGGUGUGAAGUCAAAUCCAGACUGUUAGUAAAGAUCAGUGUACCAUAUGAAUAAGAAGUCUAAAGCCUUUAAAUAAACGACUGUGGCAGGCAUUGAGGGAGUAACCUGAGCAGCUGAUCAACCCUUGAAAAUGUUUCCUGCAUGACAAAGUUGAAGCUGAUGGUUUGAUCUGUUCUGACUGCUAACAAUAAAGUGUGACAUCUUUUGAUUUCUAGCUUCCAAUGGAGUUGUUUUAGCAACAGAGAAGAAACAGAAGUCCAUCCUGUACGAUGAGCAGAGUGUCCAUAAAGUGGAGCCCAUCACAAAACACAUAGGCAUGGUCUACAGCGGCAUGGGGCCUGACUACAGGUGAGGUUACUCAGUCUGUUAUUUAAAAAAAAAAACUAACAUUGGUAUAUACACCUGUACAUCUGUUAAAGUGACAAUCAGUUUUAAAAUGCACCCAAGAGCCAUAAAUGUAAAGGCUUCUUUCAUUUGUUAUGAACACCUCUAGAAUAAUAUUCGGUUUGGGAUUAGGCCAACCUUAUAAACAGGCUAAGGAGUUGUGUUCACUUUGCAGGGUAUUGGUUCGACGAGCCCGUAAAUUGGCACAGCAGUACUUCCUGGUUUACCAGGAGCCAAUCCCCACAGGCCAGCUUGUCCAGAGAGUGGCAUCUGUCAUGCAGGAGUACACACAGUCUGGGUAUGUACGAAACACACAAAAACACACAUGACUUCCAGACACAUAAUCUUUGUUGUUGAGAAGUAAGAUUAGUACAGAUUUAAUUGAUAUCGUCUUUAUUUUUUUUCAGUGGUGUGCGUCCGUUUGGCGUUUCAUUGCUGAUUGCUGGAUGGGAUGAAGAUCACCCCUACCUGUUCCAGUCAGACCCCUCUGUAUGUUGUAUUUUAAGCCUAAAUAUUUAUGGAAAACUAAUAACCACUGAAUAACAGCUUUGAUUACGCUUUGCCCACUUAAGCUUUGUAAAUAUUUAACCACUGGUUAGUCUUUGCUUACUUAAAAAAUAGUUCUGCUAGUUAUGUGAACUUAUGGUUUAAUAUUCUAAGGUGCUUGGUCAUUUUUUUUAACCCUUAACUUUUAUGGUUUUGAAGUGUGGUUAAUAUUGAUACCAGUUUUUCUCAGUCCGAAAUGAUUCCAAUAUUAUAUUGUAUUAUGGACUGUUAGGGGGAUUUUUUUUCUCAACGGAUCUCUGUUCUCUUUAUUUCUGACUGGCAGGGUGCUUACUUUGCAUGGAAAGCCACUGCUAUGGGGAAGAACUACGUAAAUGGCAAAACAUUCCUUGAGAAAAGGUAAGAUUGCAAUAAAUAGACAUGGUUUAGGGUAUUUUUCAGAAGGCGGCCCUCUGAGAACCUUUCCCCUGUCAUAUUGAAACACAAUCCACAGGGCAAGAAUGGUCAACUGUUAAAGAAGUGAAUGGUGCAUUUACCUCCUAAAAUUGGUAUCAGAACUCACCUUUCAUUCAUGCUAUACUCUACCAUGAUAGUGAUGGGAAGAACAGUUCUUUUGACCGUACUGAAUCUUUAGAAUCUGUUCAUUAAAACAAUUCGUUCAAAAGAUUCCUUCACUGAAUCAGUCAGUGCUUCAGAGCCUCGUCCUGCGGGUGCAGUACACCAGUGAGUGACACAGCGACGAGUUCGUUCAUUGAACAAGCCCCUCCCCUCCCCUCCCCUGCUGCUGAAGUCACAGUGUCGUUCACUGGGUGACACAUGUCAUUUAUUUGCGAAGUCCUGAAGGAAGACUUACUCCCCUGCCGUGAAAAACUCACCUCUCUGUGUAUUGCUGUCGGCGAAAACAACACAGCAGCAAGCAGCACGCCUGCUAAACGAGUGCGGGUCUUCGUUCUUUUAUAAGGUGGGAAAGUGGAGAGAUUGAAAAAAAAAAAAAAACAUCGCAGCCGUAGCUGGAUUCUGCUGCAUUUGAAGAUAUCAAAUAGCAUAUUGCUUUAAAUCGGCUGAAAUAACUCCUUACAGCAAAGUUUAUAGGUGUGUGUUAAUGUAAAGGCACUAUAAUGCACUGUUUUAUCUUAGCCUCAGUGAAUAAACGGGUGUUCAGCAGUAAGUGAACAACACUACACUCCCUCCCUCCUCUGCUUGCAUUAAGUCAUUCGGAAGUCGUUGAUUUCGUUCACCAUUCCGUUCACUGACUGACUGAAUCAUUCCGUUCACUUACUGAUACAUGUCGUUCAUUCGCUGUGGGUGAAUCAUGAGACUCCACUUGCCCACUCGCUCUCUGGCUGGCUGGCUUUCUGUCGUUCGCCAAAGAGUCAAAGGCGGCAGUUCCACUCCUGACCGGUAUGCAAGACUCGCGGCUGAGCUCAACCGAACUGAAAAUGGGACGAAUCAGGUCUCAGAGUGAUUCAGUUCAUGUCGUUCACUCAGCAAUUCCGUUCUUUUGAAUGAAACGUUGGUGAACGACACAGCACUGUACCAUGAUAGUACACAGUUUAUGUGUUAGUUAAGCUGAGUAAACACUCCUCUCACAGUUAAGUGGUUUCUAAAUGAGCAUGUUGUGUUUGUUUUUCAGGUAUAACAAUGACCUGGAAUUGGAAGACGCCAUCCACACAGCCAUCCUGACUUUGAAGGUAAAUUGUUAGGUUUAUAUAAGAGCUUCCCAUCUAUUGUGAACGUCAUUUGUUAAGAGUCUGUUUUUUUUUUCAUUUUAGGAGAGUUUUGAAGGUCAGAUGACUGAGGAGAACAUUGAAGUGGGGAUCUGUAACGAGGCAGGCUUCAAAAGACUCACCCCAGCAGAGGUGAAAGACUAUCUGGCAGCCAUCGCAUAAACCUACCCUCCUUGGUGACCCUGCUUUCAGGCCACAUUCAAGACAAAGUCACAACAGCACAGUAGUCAACUGUCUCAUAAUACAGAUUUGUAAACCCCAGGCAGUCAAAGUUUGGAUACAUAGUGCUAUAGCCCAACUCUCUGUCUGUCCUGCCAAUAUGGAAGGAUACCUGCAUUAGAUUCCCCUCAUUCAAGAUAACUGAAACAAGUCAGGUUAAUAAUAAGCAUGUUUGGGAUAUUGCUUGUGACAGACUUGAUGUGUGCAACAUAUACAGUCAUCUCAGACAGCAGUGUGUGAUCUUUAUCCAGAAUAUCACUAAUAAAAUUGGCUCUCUUCAAAAGAAAUGGCAGAAAUGUGGUAGUUGACUCUUGUGCAUAUAAAAAUGUGGUUUCUGUUGAGCAAAAUCUCAAUUCUUCCAUUGAAUCCUGUAAUUGCUGUGUUUACUCCAACUUCAUUGUUGACCACUGUGACAACAGCCUCUGGUCCUACAAAAGAGAAAAACUAAAACUAGAACAAAGUAAUGCUUUUUAAGGGACCAAAGGAGCUGUGGUCUUGAGGUGAUUUAUUCAUCCUGAUCUUGUCCCCUUUGUUCUUCCUGACUGCACUUGAUUUCUAACCCUAAACACAUGGAAGAAAAGUUAGAUAAGGGAGCAAGGAUAGAGGAUUCAAUGGAGAAUUGCUUGAUUUUAAAGUCAGCUUCUUGUUUUCCUUGUACAAAACUUUUACACAAUGUACUCAAUGAUUUCUUUUUCUGGCUAGAUUCAAUUCUUGAAGUUUGUAUUUUCUCAUCUGGUAUCUCAAAUAAAAGAGGACGAGUUGAUGUUGAGUCUGUUUUUGUAUCUACACACUGUUGUCAAGUAAUAGAUGCGUGUUUUCAAAAAUGUGGGUUAAUGUGCACAAUUUUAUAUCACUAUUUGGGAUUUGUUCUCAAUGUGCGCGCGCUGAAACACAGCCUGUUUGGAACAUGUAGUACUCAUUGAGGAGCAGCGCGCGCUCUAACCGGGACACCCUUUCAAAUGUUGAACGUAUCCCUCCGCCCAAAUCCAGUGUAAAUCCAUACCACUGUAUUAAGAUAAAUUACGAAAAAAUAAACCCUCUAAAUCGAC